AUGGCAUCGGGUAUGCAGUCGCAGUCGCAUCACGAUAUGUCUGACACCAAGCCUAAGUUGAUCAAUCGCCUUGAGCAGAGUAGAUCACCCUAUGUGAGUGAAACCGGUGCUACUCGAACGUACCCUUCAACAGACCUACCCAUGGCGCAUAUGAAUAAUCCUGUAGCAUGGCAACUUUGGGAUGCAGAGUCGAUUGAACUCGCCAAAAAGAACAAUCGCUUGAUCUUUCUCAGCAUUGGAUAUUCAGCUUGUCACUGGUGCCACGUCAUGGAAAAGGAGUCCUUUAUGUCUCCCGAGGUAGCUGCCAUCCUAAACGAAUCUUUUGUACCCAUCAAGGUUGACCGGGAAGAGCGCCCGGAUAUUGAUGAUAUCUAUAUGAACUACGUGCAAGCCACCACAGGCUCUGGUGGUUGGCCUUUGAAUGUUUUCCUUACUCCAGAUCUGGAGCCUGUCUUCGGAGGCACAUACUGGCCUGGUACAAACUCCGCCACAAUACAGGGCCCGGAUACAAUUGGCUUUGUGGAAAUUCUAGAAAAGCUGAGAGAUGUCUGGGUGACACAGCAGCAGCGCUGCCUUGAGAGUGCCAAGGAUAUCACAAAACAGUUGCGAGAAUUUGCUGAAGAAGGCACUCAUUCACAGCAUACAGACCGCGAAACAGAUGAAGAUCUCGAUAUUGAACUAUUGGAAGAGGCUUAUCAGCAUUUCGCGUCCAGAUAUGACUCCGUCCAUGGUGGGUUUGGCCGGGCACCUAAAUUUCCCACACCCGCAAAUCUCAGUUUUCUUCUCCGACUUGGUACCUAUCCAAGGCAGGUUAUCGAUAUCGUGGGAAAAACUGAAUGCGAAAAGGCGACAGCCAUGGCAGUCACAACAUUGGUGAACAUGGCGCGCGGAGGUAUUCGGGAUCACAUCGGGCACGGCUAUUCUCGGUAUAGUGUCACAGCCGACUGGGGCUUGCCUCAUUUUGAGAAGAUGUUGUAUGACCAAGCACAACUACUGGAUGUCUAUGUGGAUGCAUUCCGAUUAACCCACGAUCCUGAAUUGCUUGGUGCUGUGUAUGAUCUGGCUGCUUAUUUGACAACCCUUCCCUUACAAUCACCAACUGGGGGAUUCUUUUCAUCCGAAGACGCCGAUAGUCUCCCCAACCCAAAUGACAACGAGAAGCGAGAGGGGGCCUUCUAUGUUUGGUCGUUGAAGGAGCUCACUCAAGUGUUAGGUGCCCGUGAUGCGCCCGUAUGCGCCCGUCAUUGGGGUGUGCUCCCUGACGGAAACGUGGCUGCAGAAUAUGACCCUCAUGAUGAGUUUAUGAACCAGAAUGUGCUAUCAGUUCGAGCUACACCGAGUAAGCUCGCGAAAGAGUUCGGCCUGAGCGAGGAGGAAGUUGUCAAAAUCAUCAAGGGCGGGAAGCAAAAGCUGCGGGACCACCGUGAGAAAACAAGGGGCCGGCCAGAUCUUGAUGAUAAGAUUAUCGUUGGUUGGAACGGAUUAGCGAUCGGCGCACUUGCCAAGUGCAGUGUUCUAUUCGAGGAGAUUGAGAGCUCGAAAGCCUUACAAUGUCGUGAGGCGGCCGCGCGAGCGAUUAACUUCAUCAAGAAUAAUCUCUUCGACAAGUCUACUGGGAAGCUGUGGCGCAUCUACCGAGAUGGCAGUCGAGGAGACACUCCUGGCUUUGCCGAUGAUUACGCUUAUCUAACCAGUGGAUUGUUGGAUAUGUAUGAAGCUACCUUUGAUGAUAGCUACCUGCAACUCGCGGAACGCCUUCAGAGAUACCUGAACGAUCACUUCCUUGCCAAGAAUGGGUCCACGCCCGCUGGGUACUACAAUACUCCGACUGCGCUGACUCCAGGAAUGCCAGGCCCACUUCUUCGACUGAAGACCGGCACGGAAUCUGCCACCCCGUCCGUCAACGCUGUCAUCUCGCGGAACCUUUUGCGAUUGGCUGCUCUACUUGAUGACCCUGAAUACGUGACUCUGGCACGACAGACCGUGAAUUCAUUCUCCGUGGAGAUCAUGCAACACCCUUUCCUUUUUGUCGGGAUGUUGGAUGUUAUAGUGGGUCUUCAGACUGGCACUCGAACAGUCACCGGAGUUUUUACAACUGCUGAUAUUUCAACACCUGUGCCACGUGGGGGUAACCUGAUCAGCAAUUACGACCAACCUGUUUCGGCAUAUGAGCUCCUCCAAAGGCGACUUCGAAAGGAGAAAAAAGCUGCUGUCUCUUCCACCAUCUCAGUUACAUCACUAGUCGACAUCCGGCCUUCGCACCUGAAGGACUUUGUGGGAAACCAGUCCUUCUGGCUCAAGUCACGAAACCCCCUGUACAAAGAUUUGAAGGCAGGCAGUCCAGCGAAGAACUAUUUGCUAGUCUGCGAGGCUGGUUCAUGUAAAGAGGUGGAUCUAUAG